GGAGUUUCCCGUUCUGUAGCCAAGAUGUGGCCAGCCGUGUCCAUCCUGUGUGUCCUGGUAGCCUUCGCCAAUGCUCGCAGCGUUCCUUACUUCGCUCCCCUCUCCAGCGACUUGGUCAACCACAUAAACAAGCUCAACACCACCUGGAGGGCAGGGCACAACUUCAUCAACACCGACAUGAGCUAUGUCAAGAAACUCUGCGGCACCUUCAUGGGUGGGCCCAAGCUCCCCGAGAGGGUAGACUUUGCUGCGGACAUGGAGCUGCCUGAUAACUUUGACUCACGGACGCAGUGGCCUAACUGUCCCACCAUCAAUGAGAUAAGAGACCAGGGCUCUUGUGGCUCUUGCUGGGCUUUUGGUGCUGUAGAAGCGAUUUCGGACAGAAUUUGCGUUCACACGAAUGCCAAGGUGAGCGUGGAGGUCUCAGCGGAGGACUUGCUGUCGUGCUGCGGCUUCGAGUGCGGCAUGGGGUGCAAUGGUGGUUACCCCUCCGGCGCGUGGAGGUACUGGACAGAGAGGGGCCUCGUGUCUGGGGGUCUCUAUGAUUCCCAUGUGGGCUGCCGUCCCUACUCCAUCCCACCCUGCGAGCACCACGUCAACGGCUCCCGGCCACCAUGCACCGGGGAGGGGGGAGAAACCCCCAGGUGCAGCCGGCACUGCGAGCCCGGCUACUCGCCCUCAUACAAGGAGGACAAGCACUACGGCAUCACAUCUUAUGGUGUCCCUCGCAGCGAGAAGGAAAUCAUGGCUGAGAUCUACAAGAACGGUCCUGUGGAAGGAGCCUUUAUUGUCUAUGAGGACUUCCUGAUGUACAAAUCUGGGAUCUACCAGCACGUCACAGGCGAGCAGGUUGGAGGCCACGCCAUCCGGAUCCUGGGCUGGGGGGUGGACAACGGCACCCCGUACUGGUUGGCAGCCAACUCCUGGAACACCGACUGGGGCGACAACGGCUUCUUCAAGAUCCUCCGAGGAGAAGACCACUGCGGCAUUGAGUCUGAGGUCGUGGCCGGCAUCCCCAGGACGGAGCAGUACUGGAAGAGGGUGUAACUCCCUUGAUCAAACCACAAAUAAUCCUGAGUCCCCAACGCUUUUAACUGAUAGCGGGUUGGGUGCAGAGCCCCCCCCCCACUAAGAGACGAUAGUUGAGGUUACUUUAUUAAAGCUUUUUAUCUUUU